GUUCUAUUUCUCUUUCAUCAGCGGACAGCUAUACCCAUGGGGGCAGCAAGAGGAAGCUGCUUGGCGGCUCCUGCGAAGGUCGCCGGCAUCUCUACUGCAUGCGCAGUGCAUCCGUAAAGUCGCUGCGGCAACAGCAGCACAACCAGCCGCAGCCGCCGCCAAUUAACGGGAAUGACUGCUGCAGUCGUGCCCAACGGCUGCGCCACCACCAGCAGCACCAGCAGCAGCAGCAGCACAUCUGCAUGGGCAUGGGCAACGACAACGAGUCCCGACGCAAGUCUCUGUCGCAGCCCAGUCUGCGCAUCACUGAAGCGGGCCUGCGAAGCAUCGUGCCACGUCGCUCGAACGAGAGCAAGAGCCUGGAGAGCAAGAAGCGUGUGGUGAAAAUGCUCUUUGUGCUGGUGCUGGAGUUCUUCAUUUGCUGGACACCGCUGUACGUGAUCAACACGAUGACGAUGCUGAUCGGGCCGGUGGUGUACGAGUAUGUGGACUAUACGGCCAUCAGCUUCCUGCAGCUGCUGGCCUACUCCUCGAGCUGCUGCAAUCCCAUAACCUACUGCUUCAUGAACGCCAGCUUUCGGCGCGCCUUCGUGGACACGUUCAAGGUGCGACUGUGCGGGGAGGGGGGCGGGCGCCUCUGCUUCUGGCGACGACGUUCCAAGAACGAGACCAACCUGUCCGUGGCCGGCAACUCGAUUGCGCUGGCCAACUCGGUCAUGUCCACCCACACCAUACUGGAGAGUCCGCGGCUCUGAGCCAGUCGUCGCCGGGAGUCCCAGCGCCGUCCGUUAAAGGUUAUGGAGAGCGAGUCGCUGUAGGAGCCGGCAAAGAGGACAACAAAAAUGUGAUGAUGCGAAAUGUGAACGAAAGUGUAACUGUAACUGAAACUGUGGUUGUCAACGACUCGAACGAGCUCGCGUUGUGAAUGUGUGCGAAUGUGUGGACAAGGAGGAUUGAGAGUGAGUCUGGCAGCUUCCCCUGUACUUGGUCUCGCAUCUACAUACAUAUGUACCUAUGUAUAUGUAGGUAUGCAAUGCCCCUACCUCACCCCUUAACCCACCCGCUGUUAUAUACUAUGUACUAUGUAAUUAAUUAAUGUUUUCAAUGUGAAAUCUAGAGUUACUAUCAUUCGAGUUGUUAAAUGUGAAUUGUUAGACUUAAGCUAAACUCUGCGGCAGCGUUUUCCUAUACUAUGUACGACUAUGUACAUGCCAUUAAUGUAUGUAUUUCGUGUGCAAUCAUUCAAUUAAUCAAUCAAUACCCAAAGCAAAUACCGCCGUGCAGCGGUACUUAGGUCCUACUUAGGUCACAACAGAGAAUAAUGUUCCCCCCUCAACCCACAACACCCCACGCCCACCUCUGGUUUUGCCGAGUGUCACGCACAGGCAGGUUUCACUGGGCCAUGCAUUUGGCGUGCAACAACAACCAAGCUACAAACGAUGGCUGAUAUUACAGGGUAUUCAUACAGUUGCAUGCAAGCAGAUAAAUCACAGUUAUGGGAUGGGACCACCGCCUAGGGUCAACUCAUCGGAAAACAAAUAACAAACAAAAGUUCAAAGCAAAAACAGCGUUUCGUUCAAAUGAAUGUCGAUUUCCAUUGUAAGUAGUUGAUUGUAGCUGAAACCAAAAUGCAUUAAAUGUAAUCAAAUAUUCGAACAACAUAAACACGGAAACACGGAAACACAAACACGCAGCCAUAAAAUAGGAUAAAACACAGUUCCAAAGUCUUUUCGUGUCUCUGCUUAGAAAUAACUGCACCGCUCGCCGGUCCCGCAAAGCUGAGAGAGUCAUGCCGGGCGCUUUCGCUCUCUUUCGCACAGCCAUCCGUUUGUCAGCAUGCAAUGCAAGCAGCAACAGGCAAAGCGCUUGACUCUCUGAGCGGCGAGAGAGCGAGCAGGUAGCAGGCGAAGUUGAGCGAAGCUUUCGCAGAGAGCGAUCUACACGUGUGUGAGAAAGAGAGAUGGGAGAACUACCGCAAUAUGUGCGUACAAUUAUUGAAUUUUUUUGACUUCGCUCCUCAACGAACUUGACAAUUGCAAUUACGCGUAUUCUAGCAUCGAUA